AAAUGGUUGAAAGCCACCAAGAUACAACUGGUGGAUUCACCUAUCAAAAGAAUAUACCUUAAUAAAAAGGAUAAGAGACAAAUAAGGAAUAUAUUUGUUAUGAAAGAUGAAUACUUGGCCGGUACUUUAAAAAACGUGGUCUCCUAUCUUGAUGAAUACCAAACGUAUAUCAAAAGCUUGAAGAAGGACAGCCACAGUAUCAUUGGUUACGCUCGUAAGUCUAGAGGGAAAGAGAGCCAAGAGACUAGAAUUAAACUGCUGGAACUCAUGACAAAGUGCCUCAAAGAAAGAUCGCUUGUCGAUUGUGUGUAUGUCUCGUAUUCAAGUAAUGCAGGCGACAAAAUUCAGGCAAGAGACAAGAAGCAAGGGGUGGGACUCGAAAAAGGCAAUACACAGGACAUGUUGAGAUAUUUAAAGAACAACGAAAAGGUGUGCCUUGUUGUAAUAGAUUUCGCCGGACUAUCUACAAAUACUGAUGACUUACAACAGUUCGUAAGUGAGAAUGAAAGCCUUAAGAAGAUCAUCGUGGACACCUUGCCAUUCAACAACAAAGUAACCGAUAGUUUUAAGAAAGAUAUAUUGCGCUAUUGCGGUUGCCGCUAGUCUUUGCUGUAGGAGGGUGACCUGCUAUAGCAGGGUUCUUGAGUUUUUGGAGACUCUGGGGUUGUGAAUGGCUGUGAGUACACUGUAAAUAGUGUUAUUUAUACUGGCUUGCUGGCCUUAGCCAGAUUUUUUGUCUAUUCGACAAACAACAGG